UUCUUCACUGACGCGUCGACCGGAACAAUGGGAUGGCAAGUGCUGUUGUUUAUCUCGCUGCUCUCUCUCAGUGCUGUGCGCGGACAAGUCAGCUACUCCAUUCCUGAGGAAAUGGCAAAGGGGGCUUUAAUAGGCAAUAUAGCCCAGGAUUUGGGCUUAGGUGUGGAAAGACUGAAGUCCGGUAAAGCUCGUAUUUAUACUGGUAAUACAGAGGAAUAUAUAGAGCUAAAGAGAGAAAGAGGAGUCCUCCUUAUUAAAGGCAGAAUUGACAGAGAAGCGCUAUGCGGUCAAACAAUGCCAUGCGCACUCCAUUUUCAAAUGAUCCUGGAAAAUCCAAUGGAGUUUUACACGGUUACUGUCGAAAUUACCGAUAUAAAUGACAACCCUCCGACGUUUGAGAAAAGCGAGAUGAAAUAUGACAUCAGUGAAUUAACCCCUUCUGGAGCUCGAUUUGUCUUAGAGAAAGCAAUAGACGAUGAUGUUGGUGUAAAUGGCUUGGGCAGCUACGCCCUGAAACCAAGCGACAAUUUCGUUCUGAAAACCACCAGCCGAGGAGAUGGGACUAAGCAUGUCGAGAUGGUUUUACAGAAACCGUUAGACCGAGAACAACAUGAGCAUAUAUCAUUAAUACUGACCGCUCUGGAUGGUGGUGAACCACAGCUUUCGGGGACGAUGCAGAUUAUUAUCACUGUAUUAGACGUCAACGACAACCCGCCCGUUUGUUCAAAAGCGGAAUACAAAGCAGGCGUUACAGAGAAUGCUCCUGUUGGCACUGUAAUAACCACUGUAAGGGCUACAGACAUAGAUAAAGGCAAUAACGGAAUAGUAACAUACAUGAUUUCAAAAUCCGGAGCAGCAGGUCUCUUUGACAUUGAUGCCAAUAAUGGUGUAUUGACUCUAACAGGAAAUGUAGAUUAUGAAAAAAGGAGACUUUAUGAGCUAGAUGUAAAGGUGUCGGAUCAGGGAGGAUUAUCAGACGCAUGUAGGGUAAUUGUGGACGUGACGGAUACAAAUGAUAACCCUCCGAGCAUUAACAUCAUGUCUAACUCAAACACCGUAUCCGAGAACAUGAAACCGGGAACGGUUGUAACAAUGCUUAAUAUACAAGAUGCGGACUCGAAUGAUAACGGGAAAGUAAUGUGUGUAUUAAACGAAAAUAUUCCUUUUGCAAUUAAAUCAACAACAAAUAAUUUCUUUACCGUUAUAACCGACAGUGAUUUAGACAGAGAGACAUCCUCGGAUUAUAAUAUAACGGUGACCUGCUCUGAUGAGGGAGAGCCCUCCCUCUCCAGCAGCGUCACUCUCACCUUACAGAUCUCUGAUGUGAAUGAUAACGCGCCUGUCUUUGAGAGGAGCUCAUAUGAGGCCUACAUUGUAGAAAACAACACACCAGGUCUCUCUAUAUUCACAGUGAAAGCCAGAGACGCUGACUGGAACCAGAAUGCCCGUGUUUCUUACAUACUGGAGGACUCCUCUGUUAACGGAGUGCCAGUCUCCUCAUAUGUGUCCGUUAGUGCUGAUAGUGGAGUCAUCCAUGCAGUGCGCUCUUUUGACUACGAGCAGAUCAAAGAUUUCCACUUCCGCGUCAAAGCGCAGGAUGGAGGCUCCCCUCCACUCAGUAGCAAUGUGACUGUGAAAGUAAUGAUCCAGGACCAGAACGACAACCCUCCUCAGGUUCUGUACCCAGUCCAGACUGGUGGCUCUCUGGUGGCUGAGAUGGUGCCUCGUUCAGCAGAUGUGGGCUAUCUGGUCACUAAAGUGGUGGCUGUUGAUGUGGACUCUGGACAGAAUGCCUGGCUCUCCUAUAGACUGCAGAAAGCCACAGACAGGGCGCUGUUUGAAGUGGGCUUACAGAAUGGAGAAAUAAGAACUAUCCGCCAAGUCACUGAUAAAGAUGCUGUGAAACAAAGACUGACUGUUAUAGUGGAGGACAACGGGCAGCCCUCUCGUUCAGCUACAGUCAUUGUUAACGUGGCGGUGGCGGACAGCUUCCCUGAAGUGCUGUCUGAGUUCACUGACUUUACACAAGACAAGGAGUACAAUGACAACCUGACUUUCUACUUAGUGCUGGCUUUGGCUGUAGUUUCCUUCCUCUUCAUCACGUGUUUAGUGGUUAUUAUAUCAGUGAAGAUCUACAGGUGGAGACAGUCUCGUGUCAUGUAUCACUCCAAUCUCCCUGUGAUUCCGUAUUAUCCACCACGUUACUCAGACACUUUGGGGACAGGGACUCUCCAACACGUGUACAACUACGAGGUGUGCAGGACGACUGACUCCAGAAAGAGUGACUGUAAGUUCGGCGGAGCCGGUAGUCAGAACGUGCUGAUAAUGGACCCCAGUUCUACAGGGACGAUGCAGCGGAUACAGAGUGAAAGGAGCAUCCUGGAUGAACCAGACUCUCCUCUAGAGGUUAGCCUUUUUUAA